UUUCUUUCUUUUUUUGAGCUUUAGUUAACGAAAGAGAAGAAGAAGUGAAGAAAGCCGGCUGCUUCUCCCUCACCCUCCCUCCCUCCAUCGUCUCUCUCUCUUGCUCACACACAUCCCCAUCACAUCCACACCCACACCCAAGGAUACCCUCCCUGCAUCAGUCUCUCUUACCCCAGCCCUUUACUCUUCCCCUUUAACCCCUCCAACUACAUUUUUUUUUUUUAUUUCCUCCGGUGAGGAGAUGCUCAUCUGACCCCUACCUUUUCUUUCCAAAUCCAAGACUUUUGUGGAUGGUCUCCCUUUUUAUCCGUCCCUGCUCUUCUACUUUGUUGCUACCUGUGGAGGUUUACCCAGUUUUCUGGUUUUUCGACUGCCAGCCGUCACAGAGAGUGCAGCCCCGCACAGAGGCAUCAUGCUGGGAUUGGACGUGUGUGAGUUUGGGGGUCAGGUGCUGGAGAUGCUGUGGUUAACAAUGUGCUACAGAGGUCUAAUGGCUGACAAAAAGGAUUGGCCUAUUGAGGAGGAAGAGGAUGACAGAAACCUAAAUUACAUUGCUCCGGUCCAGAAGAGUUUGGAGGAGAUCCGGCAACUGGACAAAGAUGACGAGAGUCUCGUAAAGUACAAGCAGACCCUGCUGGGGAGGGAAACACUGACGUCAGACCCCACGGCCUGUAAUGUCCAGGUGACCAGACUGACCCUGAUGUGUGACACGGCUCCUCAACCAAUCACCAUGAACCUGACAGAUGACCUGGAGGCUCUAAAAAAGAAGAUCUUCUCUCUAAAGGAAGGAGUGACGUACAGACUAAAGAUUCAUUUCAAGGUGAACAGAGAAAUUGUUGCUGGCUUGCGGUACCAUCAAGUGACCUCCAGAAAAGGAAUGCAAGUGAGCAAGGCGACGUACAUGGUGGGAAGUUACGGCCCAAAGGAAGAGGAGUACGAGUUUCUCUGCCCGACUGAUGAGGCGCCCAAAGGCCUGAUGUCACGUGGCAACUAUCAGGUCAAGUCCUGCUUCGUUGACGACGACAAGAACGCCUACUUGGAAUGGGACUGGAACUUCAACAUCACUAAGGACUGGAAGGAAUAGAUAAAGAGAGUGAGAGAGAUGAUGCUACUCUUCCCUUCUUUCACUCCUAUUCUUCACCUUCCUCUUUUUUUUCCUCUUCCACCUUCCUCCAUCUCGUCCUGUGAGAGCAGCCUUGCAUUAGCCUAAAACAGGAAGCUCUACUUCUCUUUCCCUUCAUCCCUAUUCUUCUCUUCUAACUUUUCUUCCCUGUCUGGUAAAUUCAGGUGUCCUAAUUGGGACUUUACAAGAAAGUAUCCCCCCUCUCUUUGCAUUCUAUCUCUGCAUUUAUAUUCUUCUUCCAGAUUCUUCUACAUCUACAUCCCAUCCAUUGGGAUGACAAGUCUCCGUUUCCUUUUAGCUACAUGCCUGCCCUGCCUCCAUAAAGCAGCAGUGGCAUCUUUACAAAAGGGAAGUCAGUUUGUCGUACAAAGGGCAAUACAUGCCUGAGAAUCAUCAUGUCUUUAAGUUUUCUUCCAUCAAAGUAAUCCAGUGAUAGUUGUCCAAUCCAUGGGUACACUGCAAACGGGAACUGUUAACAGCUAAAUCAGCAUAUUUUGAACAGUGCCAUAGGCUAAAAGAAAUUAGGCUCAAGUUGUAGCUGUACACAUAAUCACUGAAUCUGUUUCAACAAUAUACUUCCUAUUUACAUCCCCCAAGACGUUAUGAGAGCAUGAUUAUCCUCCAAAUAGAGGUAUGAAUAAUACAUACAAAUACUAAUAAGAGGAUUGACAAUAUCCAGUUGUCUCUGUUUUGUCCAUCUUAGAAUACAUUAGGAAAAGAUAGGAAGAUGCAGUUGGAGAUGCAUUGAUAUUUCAUCUGCUUUCUAAUUUUACUGUUGUGUCCUUCUCCACAUUUUUUGGCAAUUAGAAAUGUAACUGUAGGUGUCAGUUAGCUCAUGUAUUUUCUUUAGUUUUUUUUUUAGUUUAAGCAUAUAUUUUCUGUUUUAUGUCAAAGGGUUUUGAGUAAUAGCAUACAUCAUUCAACAUCAAUUCUACAGGAAGUAAAGGAAUGUUUUAGCAUCCUAUAAAAAGAUUUCCCUCUAAUCAUCCAAAUAUUGUCUUUUAAAAUCAGUAAUAAACUGGGAUGAACAGAUGGAUCCUCUCUUCUCUCAUAGUGCACAACGUGCAUCUUUGACUUGUGUUUUGUCGAACUUAGACAUGAUGUAUUUUAAGUUUGCUUUCAAAGCUUGGUUUUCUCGAGUCUUUGUGAAGCGUUUCGAAAGAGCAGACCAAUUAUUGACUGUAACUGAACUGUGCAUAUUUUAGAAAGAGAUGCAUGUACUAUUCAUUUGGUAAAAAUUAACAAAAUUUGCCCUUUCAAAACCUCUCUCAUAUACUAAGAUGUGAAUAAAAAUCUGCUUUGAAUAGUGUAAAAACAUUUGAAGAUAGUUGCUGAAAGAUGGAGUACUGUCUGAGAAGUAUAUAAAGGGAUGAAUUAAUACCCCAUAAAAAAAAUAAGAAAUAUCAUUACUGUGUUAAGUCUUUGAAUAUGAUAUGAAAAUCGUUGUGAUCUAAGACUAACUGUAAAUGUUGGCUUGUUGGGUGUUGCAUGGUUUAGCAAGUUUCUCUCUUCCUUUUUUACGACUUUAUUGUAAAACUGAAUGUGUUUAAAAAAAUAAAAAAUAAAGAUACUGACGCAAUAUCCAGAUGUCAAAGGUUGCCAUAAACUGCAGAUAAAGUAUGUACAGGGAUAUUUUUAAAGGCACAGACAUAUGAAAACACAUGUCUGUGUUUAAUUCCUCUGCCUGUAACAAACAAGUGCUCCAUCCUCAAAUAUUGGUGUAUCCUGUAUCUUUUAAUAAAGGCAAUUCAAGCAACCA